CUUAAGAAUCAGAUUCACCGAAGCAAUUAAAUCGAGGCUGAGUCGUCGAGGCUUUGAGAGUCAGUCAAGAGAUGUCGACACAAGCGAAUGAUCCACGGCAGCCGUCGGCGGUGAAGCCGUUUGUUGCUCCGGCAGUGAAUCCGCAAGAUCUCCCAGUCGAUUAUUCCGGUUUCAUCGCCGUCGUUUUCGGUAUCGCCGGUGUCAUGUUCAGGUACAAGCUUAGUUCGUGGCUGGCAAUCAUAUUUUGUGCCCAAUCGCUUGCGAAUAUGAGGAAUAUUGAAAACGAUCUCAAGCAGAUUUCCAUGGCCAUGAUGUUCGCUAUUAUGGGAUUAGUGACAAAUUAUUUGAGUCCUGCACGACCGGGAGCCAAAAGUUAGACUCUUUAUUUAGAAUGAUUAUAAUGUUUGUUUUCUUUGACUUAAAUUAUCUUAGGAGCUCUUUACAGUGACCGUUUUUAUAUUAUGAUCUCAAGUAAUAUUGUGGGCAGAUCAAGAUAUGAUGGAGGACAAAUUUUAAGAGAUUUACACUUCUUUUUUUAAUUCCAAAGUUAGUAAUUUGCACGUAACAUCAACUAUGUAAUUAUUUGCACUUACUGUCGAGUAGAUACCAUAGUUGUUUUUCGUA